AUGUCCGCCACCGCCACCACCGCCGUGCCCACCCCGGCCUCGGGGAAGACCCUGGAGAAGAAGCCCAUCAAGUUCUCCAACCUGCUCCUCGGAGCCGGUCUGAACAUGUUCGAGGUCACCACCCUCGGCCAGCCCCUCGAGGUCGUCAAGACCACCAUGGCCGCCCACCGCAGUGACGGCUUCACGAGCGCCCUGGGACGCGUCUGGUCCCGCGGUGGUGUCCUGGGCUUCUACCAGGGUCUCAUCCCCUGGGCCUGGAUCGAGGCUUCCACCAAGGGCGCCGUGCUCCUCUUCGUCGCCUCCGAGGCCGAGUACUACGCCCGCGCGGCUGGCGCCUCCGAGUUCGUCGGCGGCAUCACGGGCGGUGUGACGGGCGGUGUGGCUCAGGCCUACGCCACCAUGGGCUUCUGCACCUGCAUGAAGACGGUCGAGAUCACCAAGCACAAGGUUGUCGAGGGCGGCGGCAAGCCCCCCUCCACCUGGGCCACCUUCGCCGACAUCUACCGCCGUGAAGGCAUCAGGGGCAUCAACAAGGGCGUCAACGCCGUCGCCAUCCGCCAGAUGACCAACUGGGGCUCCCGCUUCGGCCUGUCCCGCCUGUGCGAGACCGGCAUCCGCAACGUCACCGGCAAGCAGGACGGCCAGAAGCUGAGCCCCUGGGAGAAGAUCGUCGCGUCCGGCCUGGGCGGUGGCCUCUCUGCGUGGAACCAGCCCAUCGAGGUCAUCCGCGUUGAGAUGCAGAGCAAGAAGGAGGACCCCAACCGCCCCAAGAAGAUGACGGUCGGCAACACCUUCCGGUACAUCUACAACACCAACGGCCUUAAGGGCCUGUACCGCGGUGUCGCGCCCCGUAUCGGCCUGGGCAUGUGGCAGACCAUCUGCAUGGUCGCGCUCGGUGACAUGGCAAAGCAGGCUGUCGAGCGGGUGACUGGCGAGGCGGUCACGGCAAAGCAUUAG